AUCCAGUGGCUACGACUGUCAUAAAUAAAAACAAAAUGUAAAGAAAAUUUGUCAUUCUUGCUCUUGCAACAUCUUGAGUGUCUUCACUCAAGAUCUUGAAAUUUCUUAAUACAAGAUCUUGGCCAAGAUCUUGAGUGACAUAUUCAAGAAUCCAAGAUCUUGAAAUUUCUUAAUCCAAGAUCUUGGCCAAGAUCUUGAGUGAAAAAUUCAAGAAUCCAAGAUCUUGACUUCUUGGUGUUUUUUCCAAGAUCUUGUGACAUUUCUUAACCCAAGAUCUUGUGACAUUUCUUAACCCAAGAUCUUGGCCAAGAUCUUGGGUACAAGAAGUUCCACCAGGGUUGUAAGAUCUUGUUAUCUGAUUCUUGGACUUAGGAUUCUCUCAAUGAAGUAUACAGUGCACUGCAUACUUACUGUCCAUGGACAGCAUGAUAGUCGAAGUAGGGUAUACAAAACGAAUACACUCAGAUGCAUCAUAUGUGGGUGAAUAGUAUCACUCUACUGGGGGGUAUAGCUCAGUGGUAGAGCAUUCGACUGCAGAUCGAGAGGUCCUUGGUUCAAACCCGAGUGCCCCCUGAUUUUACUUUUUUCAUUCUAUUUUCCUGUGCUACGACUAUUGUUUAACAUUGUGUUGAAUACACUAAACAGCACAUUGAGAACGCGGAAUCCUUUGUAAACUUUUUAGUCCUUUUAGUCUUCGCUGAGUAUAUUGACAGAGGAAAAGGUGGUAAUCGAGUCUUAUGUAUUCCAGAGAUCUUCCAAAAGAUCCAAUUUGAUGAAAAUAUCUUGUAUUUUGUGUAAUUCAGUCAUGUUUUAGUACGUCAGAAAAUAUAUAUCUUUCGAAUCAUCAAAUAUAAUAUGAUGUCUUAGUUGAACUAUUGAAAACGAAAGCUUUUCUUAUUUUCUGAAGAACACUCUGAGUGAUCUAUUCAUGUAAAUAAAUCAAAGGAACAGACAUCCUCUAGGUAACGUGUACUGGUCCGCUAACGGCCAGUUCAUGAAUCGUUGAUGAUCACCCAAAAGACGGGCCGUUAACGUUAGCAUAAAUUACUGGUUUUAAGAACAUCAAUCAACGGUCUAAAAACGGAUCGUUCACUGGAAUGAUCGAAUGGAGCACGUAUUGUAUAUCGCAAAGCGAUCGUUUUUACACCGUUUUUUGUGGACAGAAAAGAGACCGUUAACAGCCUCCACUUUUAGGCCGUUUGGUCGACAAGACAUUCGUUUCCUUCAUUUCACUAUCACUAUUAGCAGAUACAUGUAAAAUUAAUGUUCUGCGAAUAAUUUAUAUUUUUUCUCGUCUUUCUAUAUACAAGUCAACAAAAUUUCAUUAGAGGGAGUGACCUUUCCAGGACUUCUUACUGCAGAUAGUACCUUGACCUUAGGACUAGUGCUAACAUCACAAUAAUAAAAGCAUGUCAGGAACACUAUUUUAACGGACGGAAGUAAAACAAAUUUAUUUAUGAAACGUUCAUAAAACCGUCAGUUAACGGUGAAACUAGUCUGUAAAAAAAGACUGUAAACGGACCGUUUUUUGAUCGUUAGACCGGUCUUAGCGGCCUCAAAACAACCCGCUAAGGAGACGGUUAUGAUCCAUUAACCGGCAGUUAACAUCUCAUUAACGAUCGUUUUCGUAGACCUGGAAAGUUAGGUUUUUAGCCACUCUCUUAGAAACUUUCUUUUGAAUGAGAUCUGUACUCUUACCUAUCAAUUGGUCAAAACUGCAGUUGAUUAUCUACCUUCUUCUAGAGCUAUUCUGAAUAUAACUGAAUUAAUCUUUUAUUAAAUGGAUAGUAGCCACUACACUCUAUUUUGAAAAAUGAUUCCUGACAUCCGUCCACUUGAACUGUGUUCAUACCAAUAAAUUAUUAUUAAACUGGAGACAGGCUGUCUUCUGAGAAGAACAAAAUGGAUAAUUGUUUGUUACGACAGUUGGAAAUGCAUGUUUGCGCUAAUUUUCUGUUUAGUUUCGUCACAGGAAGACAUCGGAUGCUGCUGUAGCUGAGCAUGAAGCAAAGGAUGGGGAACAGAGUCACGAAUGGGAUCGACCAAUAGAAUUUGUGUUCUCACUUAUUAGUAAUUCCGUGGGUUUAGGAAACGUUUGGAGAUUUCCAUUCUUAGCAGCACAAAAUGGCGGUGGUGCAUUCUUGAUACCUUAUUUCAUAUUAUAUUUCCUGAUUGGAGCACCAUUAUAUUAUUUAGAAUUAGCAUUGGGUCAAUUUUCUAGUCGUGGACCAGCUAAAGCUUUUAUGCUCGCUAAAGGAUGGCAAGGAGUUGGUUUUGCAAUGAUUAUUAAUGCAGUGUUUACAAUGCUGUAUUAUAAUGUGGUUAUUAGUUGGGCACUAUUCUAUUUUAUUUUAUCAUUUCGAAAAAGAUUACUAUGGGCUGAUUGUGGGUAUUGGUGGAAUACGUGUGCUUGUUUUGUGCCAGGUGGUGCUGGUCGACCACAAAAUUGUUCAGGUGAGAAUAUAACAAUAGAUGGGACAUUUAACAAUGCAACGAUUAGAACUCCUGCAACAGCUGAAUUUUACAAUAUACUGUUAUUGGGAAAAAGCAAAGGUUUUGAAGAUUUUGGUGUACCUGGUCGGUAUUAUGCACCCGCCCUAUUAGGUGCGUGGAUUAUCGUAUGUUUGUGCAUUAUAAGAGGUGUUAAAUCAUCAGGAAAAGUCGCUUAUUUUACUGCUAUAUUUCCCUAUAUUGUAUUGCUUAUAUUAAUCAUUCAAAGUGCAACAUUGAAAGGAGCUGUUGAUGGAGUGAAAUUUUAUAUUAUUCCAAGACUAGCAAAAAUUGGAGAAUUUUCAACGUGGCAGGCAGCCGCUGCACAAGUAUUUUUUUCAUUAGGUUUAAGUUUUGGCUCUUUAAUUGCAUAUUCGAGUUCAAACAAGUUUAAUAAUAAUUUUUUCCAACAAAUGUGUAUUGUUGUAUCUUGCGAUUGUUUUACUGGUGUGUUUGCUGGAUUUGCUGUCUUUUCAACAAUUGGAUUUUUGGCAAAAGAAAUGGGUACCACUGUUGCACAUUAUGCAGAAUCAUCUGGUCCCGGUCUAGCAUUUAUUACAUAUCCAGAAGCUAUUACAAAAAUGCCAGCAAGUCCAUUUUUUGCCAUUAUAUUUUUUCUCAUGUUAUUGGCACUUGGUCUUGGAUCACAGUUUGCUUUGACCGACGUACCAAUUACGUCUUUAUGCGAAUUAUAUCCAAGAUUAGCAAAUAAACGACCUUAUGCUGUUAUUUUCACGUGUCUUGUAUCGUAUCUUAUCAGUUUACCAUUUACUUGUCCGGGUGGCUAUUAUUGGUUUGAACUUAUACAAGAAUAUGCAGCUGCUUUAUCAGUCAUUGUUGUUGGAUUCUUCGAAGUUAUUAGUAUUUCUUAUAUUUAUGGUUUUAAUCGUUUUAUGAAUGAUGUUAAAAUGAUGUUAAAAAAACGUGCAGCAGAAUAUUAUUUAUUUUUAACUUGGAGAAUAACAGCACCACUUCUCAUGCUAAUUGUAACAGUAUCAAAUUUGAUACAAGCAAAGCCGCUCAAAAGUGGCAAUUAUGUUUUCCCAACAUGGAGUUUAGGAACAUUUUUUUUAAUAUAG